AUGUUCCAGAGCGUGAAAGUGAUUGGGCGGUAUCUGUUUGGGGACCGGCUUGGCGACGGCGCAUAUGGGAAGGUCAAGGAAGCGCUCGAUAUCAUCACCCUCCAACGAUACGCCGUCAAGAUCAUGAAGAACCGCCGCAUUCGCAAGAUCAUGUACGGGCAGGAAAAUGUGCGCCGCGAAAUUCAAAUUCUGCGCAAGCUGAACCAUCCCAACGUGACACGCCUGCACGACGUGCUGUACAACCACGCAAAGGAGAAGAUCUACAUGGUGCUGGAGUAUUGUCACAGCAAUUUGCAGGAUAUGCUCAAGGCCGCGCCGCAGGAACGCCUUCCGCUCUGGCAGGCGCAGCACUACCUCGUGCAAUUACUUGACGCCACAGCUUACAUCCACUCACAGGGCGUGAUUCACCGGGACAUCAAGCCAAGCAACAUUCUGAUUAAAAGCGGGCAUCGCUUGAAGUUGAGCGAUUUCGGUGUCGCUGAUCUCCUUGACAUGUUCACGGAUGGAUAUGAGUGCACGCGCAGCUCUGGCACACACGUCUUUCAGUCGCCGGAAUUGGCAGCCGGCGCAACCACAUUCGAUGGCGUGAAAGUGGAUGUGUGGGCAAUUGGGGUGACGCUGUGGAACAUGGUGACAGGGUCAUAUCCGUUCUUCGACGACAACGUCAUUGACCUGUUCACGUCCAUCGCAAAAUGCGAGUACACAAUGCCGGACCACCUGCCGCCGUCAUUACGCAACUUCAUCGCGCGAACACUCACACGCGACCCGAAACAUCGCGCCACCGUCUGGGACCUGCAAGAGCACCCCUGGUGCCGCUGUGAACUCCAGCGCGAUGCAGAUCCCGUCGAACUCGUCGCAAAGGCAUCCACGGUGUUCCCGUAUCUUGAGGCGAUGUACGAGGACACGCCGCUCAGCGACCAGGGCGACGUGGAUGAGGCCGGAUUUGUGUCACCGGACAUGAUUGCCGUCAGUCGGCGGUCCUCCUUUGGGCACACGUCCCCGCUCAUCCGCUCGCGCUCCCGCAGCCGCGCCUCCAACGUCUCCCCGCCGUCCAGCAGCCCGCAGUCGGACCGGGGCGAUCGCGCCUCCCGCGGCGGCCAGGGCACCCUGCGGCGGCUGUGGAAUUCGCUGUUUGGCAGCGAGCGCAGCACGUCGCGCGAGCGCAGCGCGGGGCGCGGCAACAGCGCAGGCAGCAACAUCAGCAGCGGGGCUGUCAGCAUCGCCAGCGGUGGCGGUGGCGGUAACGGCGGGCGGUGGAAGCCAAACUCGAUGGGCCAGCUCGCGGUGUCUGCCAUCUCAGAGGAACAGGAGGGCGAGGACGAAGACCAGCACCAGCACCAGCACCAGCAGCGACAACCGGCGCGGAGUGCAAGCACGGAGGAUUUGAAUGAGUCGCGGCGUGGAUCCGUGCGCAGUGGACACGAUGAUGCCACAGAGAGGGGACGGUCGCACUCAUCCACCAUCACCCGCAACCCAGAUGCCUUCCUCUAA